UAUGUAAUCUGCCUGGAGUAGAGAGCAAGGCUGCAGCAGUCAGAAAACACUGCCUCGGAGAAUCAGGAUUCAUCUCCGUCUCUCUCUCUAUGCUCAGGACCCUUACUGAUCUCCAUAUCCCUCAUCCCACUGCCGUACUCUUUUCUGUCUGUCUCUCUCUCUCUCUCUCUCGCUGUCCCUUCUUCAUCAGAACAGCAGAUGUAUCUAUGAGAAAAGGAAAAUAUCUGGAACUUUUCUUCCUUUUUUAGUUUUUUUUUACUCUCCCUCCUUUUCUACUUUUUGUUCUAACCACAUAAAGAGUUUUGUAAAAUAGAUUAGUGUGCCUGGGGUGAUGGAACAGGAGGGGAUGCUGAGGAAUGCCGUCUUGCUAUGCUGCCCAAUCUGAAGAGUUGGGCUGGAUGCUGAGGCCUCCUUGGUACCUAUCCCAGUAGUACUGCAGGAAGCGUACAGAAAUACAGAGAGCUUUCCUGCCAGAUACAGCGGAGCUGGCACAGGCUGUGAAGAUGGAUAUUAAUCUGCAGUCCCACCGCUUUUACUUUCCCCAGAUUUAUUGUGAUUCUGGAUCCCCCCUUAAUGACUACAAAACCAGUGAACAGAGCAUCUGCCAGGCCCGGGCCUCAGUGAUGGUCUACGAUGACACCAGCAAGAAAUGGGUGCCGAUAAAACCUGGACAGCAGGGAUUCAGUCGUAUCAACAUCUACCACAACACUGCGAGCAACACCUUUCGUGUGGUGGGCGUCAAACUGCAGGACCAGCAGGUAGUGAUAAACUACUCCAUAGUGAAAGGCCUGAAGUACAACCAGGCCACGCCCACCUUCCAUCAGUGGCGUGAUGCCAGGCAGGUCUACGGUCUCAACUUUGCCAGCAAAGAGGAGGCCACCACUUUUUCCAAUGCCAUGCUGUUUGCCCUCAAUGUGCUGAACACUCAGGAAGGAGGUCCAGCUGGCCAGCGGCAGGUCCAGAAUGGACCCUCCACAGACGAUGCAGAGGGACAGAGGAGAAUGAUGGAGCAGCAGCAGCAGCAGCAGAUGCAGGCGCAAAUAGAGAGGGAGCGACGGACAUCCGCAUCAGUCUCCACCCUUCAGUUUAAAGUGUGUCCGUCUCCCUACCAGUCCGAAGCUCCCCCUCCUGAGUACAGACACUAUCGAGCCAGCACCUUGCCUCCCCCUUCCUAUGCCAGAGUCACCUCCUCCCCCUCCUCUUGCUCCUCUUCGUCCUCCCAGGGCACAGAGGUGGUCUGCCCCCCUCAGCAGGCCCAGACCUCCCAGCUGAGCACCUCGCUGGCCUCGGCCUUCUCCCCGGUGCAGUCCGGGGUGGGGGGCGCUCAGUCCCGUAACGUGCGGCAGAUCCCCAUUUCUCCCCCAACAACCCCCCGGCACCAGGGCCGUAAGCUCCCCCCCAAGCAUGGCACCUGGUCCUCCCCCUGCUCAUUCUCUGCUCAGCCAUCUUCGCCUCCCAAUGUGACUGUGUCCCUCCAGCCUCUGGCCCUUCCUUUGCCCCCCCUCAGAGCUCCUCCCCCCAUCCUGGCCUCCCUCUCACCAGAGGAGCACUGCCACUCCAAGCCAGGCUCCACCUCUCGUACACUUCCCCUCAAAAAACCAGAGGGCUCCUUUGCAUCCAGCUGUGAGGCUGCCCCCCUCCCUGCUCUGAUUGGCCAGCAGGCCCAGGGCCCCGCCCAACAGCUCCCAUUCCCUUCCUUUCAAGUGCAACAGCUACACCAGGCCACGCCCCCCUUCAACUCUUCACCCCCCUCUUACAACACUCAGUCUGAAGGGGCAGCACCCAAGAAGACCCCCACGCUCACACCCAACUCCUGUCCUGCUGUCCCACCAGGGCAUCCCUCUGUACUCUCAGUGGCUCCUCCCAUUGCUGCACCAGCCCCUGCACUGGUGGGGGGGCCCCCACCUCCGCCGCCCCCACCGGGCCCUCCACCGCCUUCCUCAGGGGCCCCACCACCCCCCCCUCCGCUGCCGGCUAGUGGAGGGCCUGGGGGACCAGGGGAGGAGGCCCCCUCAGGGCUGGCUGCUGCACUAGCUGGGGCCAAACUGCGGAGAGUGCAAAGAUCUGAGGAUGGCUCAGUGGGGGCCAGCGCCGGUGGUGCCAAGAGCGAUGCCAACAGGAGCAGCGGGGGUGGGGGCGGGGGUCUCAUGGAGGAGAUGAAUGCCCUGCUGGCACGAAGAAGAAAAGCAGCUACGCAGACAGAAAAACCAGGGGACAGGAAAGAGGAUGACAGCCAAAAUGAGGACCCAAACUCACCCAUCACCCGUGUUCCUGGCCAGCCCAACUCCACAGAUCCAGUGAAAAAGCCAUGGGACCGAGCAAAUUCUGCCGAGAAGUCUUCGUUGGUAUCCAGGGUGAGACCAAUUGGCAGCAGCAGUGACACAGACGCCUUAGACUUUGACAGAAUGAAGCAGGAAAUUUUGGAGGAGGUUGUACGUGAAUUGCACAAAGUGAAGAAUGAGAUCAUUGAUGCCAUUCGACAUGAACUCAGUAGAAUUAGCACGACAUAAUCUCUCAGAACAGCAUGAAGACAGCAGGAAGUGCUGGGGUUCCCAGGAGAGGGCCCGGCUAACAAGCAACCUUCUCUCAACAUUGCUGUGACAUCACGGUAACAACGUUGCCACGUCGUUACAGGAGCGUUGCGUGAAUGUUAUGAGUCAGCUAGGGGGAGAGAAGGUGGGAAGGGGAGAGAUGGAGGACACUCGCACUGAAUUAUCUAGAUUCUAUUUUUUUCUCUGAACAUUUAGAGACUGAGCCUGGUUUGCAGCUUGCUGCUCUGUCUGCUAAAAGUCUUAAAGAAAUUUUGAUGAAGUCGAACUUGUUUUCUAGAAUUUUCUUGUUUUACUUUUUGUUAAUUAUUAAUAAUAUAAUUCUUGUUGUUAUAUAUCAUUUUUCACACAAGCACUGCACACCAUUUUAUGUCAGCCUUUUAUAUUUUAGAUUGGGUAAUUGAAUUAUUUUCCACUUUGGUUGUUGAAAUGCAUUAGCACAUGCAGUUGACCUCAGUACGGUAUCAUCUUUAAAAGACAUUUUUUAUCCUUUUGCCAACACAUAUAUGAAAUCACUGGACUUCUUUAAAAAAAGAAGAUUGAACCUGAAAUUAUUGUGAAAGAAAUAAAAAAUGUUGCUUUUUGAAUAUUGCAACUUUAUUUACAACAUAUUGAUACAUCAGGAGUUAUUUGUGAUCUUGCGGUUAAUAAAAUGUUUACUGGCUGCAAGAUAAUGGUGAAGUAUUGUUCGUUUUAUUAUUCCCCUUUUUGACCAAGUGCUUCCUGGUUUUCAAAAAUGAAAAAAAAUGGUAGAAAGAAA